UGAAUUUAGUCUGUUAGUAAUAUUUUAUCAAAUUAAUAUAAUAAUAAUGAAAAUUUAUUAAUUACUAGCAAGUUUAAAAGAAUAGUUAUAAAAUGAAAAUUCUGUUUUCUAUUGUAUUGUUUACAACAAUUUUCCAGUGCUUUAAUUGUGGACUAAUAAGAGAAUAUCUUGGACACCGUGGUCAAGCAACAGAAAGAGGACUACCUGGUCUUAAUUUAAAUUUUGGUAUUUCAUUUGGCUUAGGCAAUUCACAUCAGCAGCAACAACGGCCUCCACCAACACCUGUUUAUCGACCAGGUUAUGAAAAUAAUUAUGGACCACCACAACAUCAUGGUCCACCACAUGAACAUCCACAUGGAGGUCCUCCAGGAUUAGAGCAUCAUCACCAUCAUCCUCACCAACAUCCUCAGGAAAAUCCGAAUGAUUUUGAUCGAUUUCAACAACAUCCCCAUGGAGGACCGCCAGGACAGAACAAACCCAAUAAACACAAUCAAUAUCCUCCUCCCGAUAGAUUCCCACCCCCAGACAGAAUCCCAAUUCCUACUGAUAAUUUUGAACCGCAACCUAAUAGGCCUAAUAUUGAUCAAGAAUUGAAUAAUCAAAAUUAUGAACCACAACCUAAACCUGAUUAUAAUCCAAGACCAAUUCCAACUGUGAGCCCAAUACCUAAUGAAGUUGAUGAAAUAGUUCACAUAACACCAAAAAAACCAAGUGGAACAACUCCACGGCCAAUUCGAUCAACAACUACUCAAAAAUUGGAUUACGAUUUGGAUGUAAGGUUGGGCGAAGGAAAUAAUGGCGUGGUUUUGGAUAAAAAUAAAUUUAAUCCAGUAACUACGACAACAACAACACAAAAAUCAUUAUUGGAAAGUGAUAGAAUUGUAUUUAUGGAAGAUAAACGCCGCAAACGUGAAGCUUUCAAUUUCUAUGAUCCACCAUUUUUCCCGAAUGAAAAUUUACCUUUUAAUAGAUUUAGAUACAAUGACUGCGGGCCAUCAGAAAAAUGUGUGCCAAUUGAAAAUUGCCCACAUAAAAAACAACCAGAAAAAACUAAGUAUUGCCAUAGCUCACACGCCAUUCCGAGUGUAUGUUGUAAUAAUAAACAUCCCAUUAGAAAAACUAGACGACCAUCAUUAUUAAAUCGUGACUUAAAUGAUUUUCAAGACUGCGGGGUCGUAUACGAAAAACCACAUAACAGUGUUCUCCAACCCUUACCAUUAGCUGUUGGUGCUAAUCCUGUAAAGUCGUUAACUAAUGCUCCGUGGAUGGUUGCAAUCGGUGAGAAAAAGGGAAGAAAUGAUGUGCAGUAUAUGUGUGGAGGAUCAUUAAUUUCGGAUCGAGUGGUUUUAACCGCAGCUCAUUGUUUGGACGGGAAUCCAAAUUUUGUACGACUGGGUGAAUUGGAUUUUUCAACAAAUGAAGAAAAAUCAUCCCCAGUUGAUAUAAAAAUUGAACGAAAAAUCCAACAUCCUGACUAUCGCCAAGGUGUUGUGUACAAUGAUAUCGGGUUAAUUAUUUUGGAACAACCGGUGAUUUUUAAUAAAUACAUACGACCAAUUUGUUUGCCAAGUAUCACAGAUAAUGAUUAUACUGGAGAAGUGUUGUACCUAGCUGGUUGGGGUCCUGAUCGUAAAGGUGGGCCACCAAGUAGCAUCUUAAAAUAUGCCACAGUGGAAAUUUUUAACAAUACCUAUUGUAAUGAAAUAUUCGAUUCGGCGAAUAUAACUACUAGAAAUGUUCCAAAAGGGAUUAUUUCCACACAAAUAUGUGCUGGCGACAAAAAUGGCAAAAAAGACGCCUGUGAAGGUGACUCUGGUGGGCCAUUAGGCAUGAAACGUGAUGAUGAUAGACGUAUAGUUAUUGGAGUUAUUUCUCUUGGAAUUGGAUGUGGAUAUAAAAAUUUCCCAGGUGUUUAUACACGUGUUUAUUCAUAUGUGCCGUGGAUUGAACAAUAUUUGUAAUUUUUUUUAAAUUAAUUUAAAUUAGUAUUU